CGUCGUCAUGUUUCCGCCUCAAAAAACCCCGAUUCCUUGUUUACACACUGCUACCAAAGGGGAUAGAUUCCUUGUUUACACACUGCUACCACAGGGGAGAGAGGAGGAGAGCUACCAACCAAACAAUGGAGGUUGAAGCUCAGCUGAGCAGCAACACGAGGAAGGCUCUGCUGGUUCUGAGUUGUGUGAUUCUCUCAAUUGGACACUGCGGUGGUCCCUUGGUGAUGCGCCUAUACUUCGUCCGUGGCGGCGAGAGGAUAUGGUUUUCCAGUUGGUUGGAAACGGCUGGGUGGCCCUUGAUCCUAGUCCCUCUCAUCAUCACUUACAUGCACCGCCGAACUAAGCAAGGCUCCCAUGCCAAGCUCUUCUUCAUGAAACCUCCUCUGUUCGUAGCCUCCGCUGUUAUCGGUGUCCUCACCGCCCUCGAUGACUACCUCUACGCUUAUGGCGUAGCAAAACUGCCCGUUUCAACAAUUGCUCUCAUCAUCGCAAGCCAGCUCGCUUUCACAGCAGCCUUCGCAUUCCUCUUAGUGAAACAAAAGUUCACCUCAUACUCCGUAAAUGCCAUAUUUCUCUUGAGUAUUGGUGCUGGUGUCUUGGCUCUACACACUAGCUCCGACCGCCCUGCUAAUGAGUCCAACAAAGAAUAUUACCUCGGGUUUUUCAUGACACUUGCAGCUGCAGCGCUCUAUGGUUUCAUUCUCCCCCUGGUUGAAUUAACAUACAAGAAAGCAAAGCAGGCAAUAACCUACUCACUGGUCAUGGAGAUUCAAAUGGUGAUGUGCUUCUUCGCCACCUUCUUUUGCACAGUGGGGAUGCUGGUUAAUAAUGACUUUCAGGCAAUUCCCAGAGAGGCAAAAGAAUACGAGCUUGGAGAAGCUAAAUAUUAUCUGGUGGUGGUAUGGAAUGGGAUCAUGUGGCAGUGCUUCUACUUAGGAGCAAUAGGAGUCAUCUUUUGCGCUUCAUCUUUGGUAGCCGGUAUUGUGCUUGCUGUCCUACUCCCCGUGACUGAGAUCUUGGCUGUUAUUUUCUUCCACGACAAAUUUCAAGCAGAGAAGGGGGUUUCACUUGCUCUCUCUCUUUGGGGUUUUGUUUCAUACUUCUACGGCGAGAUAAAGGAUAGCAAGAAAAAGAAGAAUCCCACUCCGGAGACGGAGCUGCCUCAAACAGUCAAUCCAUGAUAAACAAAUGUCUUUCUUUUCCCCACAGAAGAGGGGGGACAGGAUUCGCAUAUAAGCAUUUACUAGGGAAUUUAAAGAAACACUUCAUCUGUAUGUUACAGGCAGUUCAUAACCAAGACUAAAGUGGGUUUCUUUCCAGUUUUGAGAUGAAGGAAUUCCAAUAAAAUAUGGACUGUAAGGUCAAGGCGUGCUAAAUGUGAAGUCGAUACAGAGUGGGAAAAUAUGACAUAUUUUGAGACUUAAUAGUCAUAUCCAAUUUCUAUUAUCUAUAAUAUUAUAUAGUAUUAUAAAAUAAUCUCUCUCAUCCUUGGAUAUGGUUAAACUAUGUUAAAAUUUGAGUAUUCUGU